AUGAUCACCGCAGAGCAGGUCACACACUCCACCACGGAGGCCGGCGCGACAAGCCUCGUCACCGGCAUCUGCUUCGUCCUCGUCUCCUGCCUCUUCUACUCCACCAACUAUGUCAUCGCAGAGCAUUUUCUGGACUCCACCCGCCGCGAUGAUGAAGACGACCCCUCCGUCCUCCCGCCACCCUCCGGCCUCGACCUGUCCUUGUACACAGGUGGCUCAUGCUUGCUCUUAUUCUCCAUUUACAUCUCACUGCACACCAUUCCUAACUGGGAACUUCUCGUCACCUCCUCCAUCCGGCGCCAUCACGGCAACAUCACCAUCAUCUUGGAGGAGUACUUCUACCUCGCCGUCGCCUCUUUCUUCCACGCCAUCUCUCACUACGAUGUUGUCGCCACCAUCGGCGCGGUUCCCAUCGGCGUGUGCAACGCAAUUCGAGCCGUCAGUGUUUUCGGCGUCAGCUCACUACUGUUCUGCACUCACCAGGCCUCCCAAUGUUACAACUCGAGAAAAGGCCUGUCCACCGCCAUCGUCAUUAUCGGCGCCUUGGGGUAUAGCGCCACUUCCUAUCGCAUCCCAAUCGCACCGAGCUACACUCUACUCAAACAUACCGAGGGAAAUUCAAGAAAGGCUGUGAAAAGGGUGCGACGCGCUCUCAGUGCAUCCGCAGAGCUUUCAAGAUCCCUCGCUUCUCUUUCUUUUGCUUUCCUUGAUGGAAGUGAUGUGAAGCAGAGCCAGUCAAGCCGAAGCCCCGACCAUCCCGAGUAGCCCCGUUCGGGUCUCUGAUUUUGAUGAUUUGGCUUCGAGGGGAACUCAAUUAUAUUUGCAACUGUCCUCAUAUCAUGACGCCCUGGUGCACCAACUAGUGGCAAAAGGGUCCGAAGUGGACAAUUAGCAAUUGAACUAACAUCCGCACCCUACGGAUUCCUGCAAGUAUUCUAUAGUUGCCUUCCCAUUCAGCUAUAGCGGGGACUGUGAGGAGCUUUCAGGGAUCUCGUGGGACAAAGCCUUGUCUCUGGGUACAAUCAUGAGUGCAAAUGGAGAUGUGGCUUCAGAGGCUCAUUCACGAGUGGUGACAAGCAGCCAGAAGUUGCUAAUGACAAAUGAAUAGAUAGGCGUCGAAUCACAGGGUGAUCUGUAUAGAAAAUUAACUGCAGUACUAGCUAUGACUAUGUUAGACACGCUGAUAGUGAGCAAGUGAAGAGAAUUCGCUCAUGAUCUUUCCACUUGCUGAUGGUCGAUAGCACGUGAACAGUGACCCAGACAAAACGAUCGCUGUAAGACGAGUCUGAACUCUGUAUUCUUUCUUUGACCGCGAUACUGUACUGUAUAAAAAACCUUGACACUUCCUUUACCAA